AUGGCAAGCAAUUCCGUGCAAGAAGGAAGCAACGACGUCACCAAAGGCAAGGUAAGUAAGCCGGAAAAGACUCGUCGAAGUUGGUCAAGGAAGGAAGAGGAGAUACUACUCGCGUCAUUGAAGGAACUCGUGGUUAACGGUUGGAAAGCCGACAAUGGUUUUAGGGCCGGUUACUUGACUAAGCUUGAGGAGUCAAUGCGUAGGGAAUUUCCAGAUACUGACAUCAAAGGCAUGCCCCAUAUCAAUUCAAAGAUAAGUGCUUGGAAAAAAUCGUAUGGAUCUCUCUCAUUGAUGCUAGGAAAUAGCGGGGCAGGGUUCAAUCUCAAAGGCACAUUCAUGAUAGACUGUAACAACGACACCUGGGAGCAGAUUGUGAAGAAAGACAACAACGCAUUGAAAAUGCGAUAUAAGAGUUGGCCCAUGUUCGAUGAUUGGAAGGACAUAUUUGGGAAAGAUAGGGCCACUGGAGAGCAGACUGAAGAUCUUAUGGAAGCGAUCCAUGCUAUGUAUGCUGCUGACAACAUGGCGCAAGAUGGUGGCGACACCGCGUUUAAUCCAGCUGAAGGUGAUGCUCAAACUGAAGAAGAGGAUGCUAGUGUCUGUCAGAGUGGAAAAAUUCGCACUGGAGCAGGUGGUUCUAAGAAGAAACGGAAGACUCGCAGCGAGGUUGAUGUAUUGUGUGCUGCUCUGGGUGAAGUCAGCAAGAACGCAAAUGAUAGGCUCGAGAGUCUUGCAACUCGCAUUGGUUACGAAUGGGACCUUGGUCAGGCGAGGCAAGCGGUGUAUGAGAAGCUUGGGCAAAUUCCGGGUUUGUCGUUGAAGGACAAGUUUGUGGUGUGUGAAAUGUUGGCCGACAAAGUGCAGCUACUUGAGAUAUUCAUCGGUCUUCCAGAGGAUGCGAAAGCAGCGUAUGUGGCGUACCUACUGGAAUCGUCAUUGACUUAG